AUGUUGUUCUUGAACUGCUCGUCUGACAUGGUCUCAAAUACGGCGCUACAUAAAUCAUUAAAGCUGAUAGAUCGAGCGAAUGAGUGGAUGAAAAAAAAUCCGGACUCCAUGAUUAAGAGUUGUGAAACACUGACCUGGAUGGGAUCGGAUCCGUGUGGCAUGAAGGACGGCGAGAGAAUGAUGGUCUCCAAGAAACUGGUCGAUGGGGCUACCACCGUUUUUCUCAGGGGGCUUAGAUUGUGGUUGGUGCCAAGAACGUGUAGCAAGCAGCAGGUCCUCCAUUUUGAAGAUUUCACACCAGCUGAACACGAGAAGUUAGAUCAGUUGGUUGGUAGGAUUAAUAGGAAGAUUGAACACAAGCAUAUAGCUGGAAAAAUUCUUUCAAUCGAAACUCUAAACGUGCCGGUUUCCAAAUCGAAAGUCCGGAACCACGUGACAGUAUGGACGGAGGAUGUGGAAUUAGAUACACCCUACGCUUUCAUAUUGAGGGUCUUUUUCAACAGAGAGUCAGUCAGGCAGUUAGGAAAGAUUAACUUAACGCUAGGACCUCACGAAGACCUCGGCAAGUCUCUCUUCUACAGCAUGCCAGGCAUCAACAACUUCGACCCGGUUGAAUUUUUCCGAAUUUUGCGAAUAUACACCCUCAAAAUCAAGCCACCAUCCAACAAAAAGUUAACAAAAAAGUCAUCCAACGACACGACAACUACGACAACGACCGGCAACUCCGUGACCACAGCCACAAACAACGACAACCACAACGGCGGCACGGAAACUGAUAAAUUAAAAAUGAACGACGACGAUGACGACGACGACGAAGAUGACGACAACAAGAACAACCUUCCGCACGUACUUCCGGUUUGUUGCCCCUUCAUCUACGAGACAUUCACUCCAGAGCUCAUGCGAGAGAGAGAUUCGAACGCUGCCGAUCUACUCGACACGACGACAACCACGCCAACCUCAAUGAUCGUCAAGGGCACCAACCAGCAGAUACCCCUACUACUUCAGUCGCCACAGCCACAACAUCUCAUUACUAUGGAGCGACUGGAGGAGAUGAGAGAAACAUUCUCGAAAGUUAUCGCGUUUCUCAGAAAUUCGGGAGCAGACGUGUUGGGGGCAGAAACGGUGAUGAACCCGAUGCAGUUGUACUGCGACGAAGCCGGACAAGAUGACGAGAUGAAGUUCCUAUUCACUAUCAGGCUCUACUUAACCGGCCAAAUAAGUCAGCUGAUGAACGGCAACACGCUGGCGAUCAAACGCGUGACCAGUUCGACGAACCUCAACAACAAUAACAACGGUUUCGGCGACAGUCUAUUGAAGGUUCCCGGUGCAAAAAAACAUCGUCCAUCUCCGCUUUUUCUACGCAGUGUCGUCUCGAGGCAGUAUAAAUAUCGCUGGCUGGUUCUCGCAAUUUCUGCAUUUACUUGUAUGACUAUCAUCGUUGUUGUUAGUGUUGUCUACAGCAGCAAGUUGUGGUAG